CCAGACGAACCGGACCGACUUUUAGGCCCUACCCAAAGGAGGAGGAGACCGACGGCCCGGCCGGAGGGCGACCACGCGCGCGAGGUAGAGCGUCGCGGCGUCGGGCGGCGGCGGCCGGAGGCGACAGACGAGACAGGCAGGAUGUCGUCGGUGUACGUGCUUGAGCCCCCGACGAAGGGCAAGGUGGUGGUGCAGACGACGGCUGGCCCGCUCGACAUCGAGCUGUGGCCCAAGGAGGCCCCCAAGGCGGCGCGCAACUUCGUGCAGCUCUGCCUCGAGGGCUACUACGACGGCACCCUCUUCCACCGCGUCAUCAAGAACUUCCUCGUCCAGGGCGGAGACCCCACUGGCUCCGGCACCGGGGGUGAGAGCAUCUAUGGCGCGCCGUUUGCAGAUGAGUUCCACUCGCGGCUGAGGUUUAACCACAGGGGUUUAGUCGCGUGCGCCAAUGCUGGCACGCCUCAUUCAAACGGGAGCCAGUUCUUUAUCACCCUUGACCGCUGCGAUUGGCUUGACAAGAAGAACACCAUCUUUGGGAAGGUUACUGGUGAUUCUAUUUUCAACCUUCUUGCCUUGGCUGAUGUUGAGACAGAUAAGGAUGAUCGACCUGUGUAUCCACAGAAAAUUCUUUCAGUAGAGGUUCUCUGGGACCCAUUUGAGGAUAUUGUUCCAAGGCAGCUCAAGAAGGCUGAGUUUGUUGCCAAGGCUGAUGCUGAGGUGAAACCUAAGAAGAAGGCAGUUAAGCAACUUAAUGUGCUCUCUUUUGGAGAUGAAGUAGAAGAGGAGGAGAAUGAGGCAGCUUCCUCUGUUCCGGCCAAAAUAAAAAGUAUUCAUGAUGUGCUAGACGAUCCCCGUUUCCUUAAAGGGGAACCAGAGGAUGUACAGCUGUCCAAGGAGCAAGAGGAGAAGAAAAAAGACACUGUUUUAUCUGUCAGGGAUGCUUUGAUCUCAAAGAAAGUUGACUCAAGAGAGCCAGAGCAUGCUCCAGAAUCUGAUGAUUAUCCUGAAGACGAGAAUGAAGAGGAUUUUGACAAUAGAAUGCGUUCACAAAUCCUAAAAAAACGUAGAGAACUUGGUGAUGUCCCCCCUCGUGAAACUUCUAAAGCAGAUAAACCACAUCGGAAGGAUAAGGAAUUACCAGACCGCAGGGCCGAAAUUAAACAUAGGAGGGACAAUGAUGACGAUGACAAUCAGGAGCAUGAACUACAAAAGUCUAAAAAACUAUCAUUGAAGAAAAAAGGUAUUGGCUCAGAAGCCAGUGCUGAGAGGAUGUCCAGAACAGAUGCAAAUUUGCAGCUUCUAAAUCCAGCUGAACAAGAGAGACAUUUGCAAAAACAGAAAAAACGCCGGCUUCAAGGCCGUGAAGACGAGACUCUAGCAAAGCUACAGAAGUUCAAGGCUUCUUUCCUCAGUAAGAAUCCUGCUACAGAUCACAUCAAAGAAAAGAAUCCUGCUACUGAUAAGGCAGAAAAGGAAGCUGAAGAGGACUACACGGGGUGGCAUACAAACCGUCUGUCUUUCUUACCCGAUUCUUCCAAGGAUGGAAUGGCUAGGAAAGAUGAUCCAGAUGACUAUGUGGUGGUAGAUCCUCUUCUGGAGAAAGGAAAAGAAAAAUUCAACAAGAUGCAAGCGAAGCUUAAGCGGAGAGAGCGUGAAUGGGCAGGCAGAUCUCUCACCUGACCAGCAAGCUGCUUGAAUUGCAUUGGUGCUCCUUUCUUACCCUUGAUGUUUUGGCGUGGUCUUGGGACCGUAAUCAGUGGAUAUCGCACGCAGAUCACAGAACUGAUGGUAGCGCGCCCAUCUGCAGACUGUUCUUAAUUUUCCUUUUUGGUAUCUGUAUCAUGAUUGUUGAAGCUGUAAUUGCCGAAUGCUGCAGUUUUGGCGUGGUCUUGGGACCAUGAACUGCGGAUAUUGCACACAAGAGCACGGAACUGAUGGUAGAGCGCCCAUCUGUAGACUAUUGUUUUCCUUUUUGGUAUUUGUAUGUAUCAUGAUUGUCAAAGCUGUAAAUGCAAUUGUACAAUAGAUUGUUUUGGUUUUAUAGGGUCCAUGAGGAAGCAACUCUGUAUCGCUAGCUAUAUGGUAUCCGUCUUACAGAGUUCACAAAAGGAUCUAACACAAAAGUGUUCGAAAUCAAAAUGCACGUAAUUCUUGCUUU